UUUUUAAUUCAUCGCAAUCAUAUCUUUCUGCAUUAUUUACAAAGAAAACGCAAAUAGGAGAGAGAAAUAACUUCGGAGAAGACGAAGAUGUCCACUGUUAAUAUUCCUCCAGUCCCGCUUUCUCCUCGCGACGACGUCGUUCAACUUUACAAGGCCUUCAAAGGGUUUGGUUGUGACACUGCUACGGUGAUCAACAUUCUUGCUCAUCGUGAUGCUACACAGCGUGGAUUUAUCCAGCAGGAAUACAGAGCUUUGUAUUCUGAAGAUAUUCUUCAGCGGUUGUCUAAGGAGCUCAGUGGUAAACUUGAGAAUGCAGUUUUGCUCUGGAUGCAAGAUCCAGCAUCGCGUGAUGCUGUUGUUUUGAGGCAGGCACUGAUUGCAAAUGACCUCAGGGGUGCCACUGAAGUUAUAUGUUCUCGUACACCUUCCCAGAUACAAACCUUCAAGCAGAUCUACCAUGCAAAAUUUGGGACCUACCUAGAGCAUGAUCUAGAAAAGCAUACCUCCGGAGACCACAAGAAGCUUUUGCUAGCAUAUAUAUCCAUACAGCGUUAUGAAGGUUAUGAAGUAGAUACAAUGAUGGCUGAGAAUGAUGCAAAGACACUCUAUAGAGCUGGGGAGAAAAGACUAGGAACUGAUGAGGACAUGUUCAUAAGAAUUUUUAGUGAGAGAAGCAGAGCACAGCUAGCUGCUACAGAUUUAGCCUACAAUAGAAUGCAUGGUCACAAUCUUGAGAAGGCUAUAAAGAAAGAAACGUCAGGGGUCUUUGCAUAUGCUCUUUUGACAAUCGUAAGAUGUGCUGAGAACCCAGCAAAGUACUUUGCAAAGGUACUACGAAAAGCAAUGAAGGGUAUGGGAACUGAUGACACAACACUCAUCAGGGUUAUUGUGACAAGGGUGGAGAUUGAUAUGCAGUACAUCAAAGCUGAGUACCAGAAGAAGUAUAAGAAGUCAUUGGUUGAUGCAGUUCACUCGGAAACUUCUGGCAAUUACAGGAAAUUUCUUCUUGCUCUCCUCGGUCCAUAAUAUUGAGGAUGUGUGUGUGGGUGUUUGUAUGUAUUUUAUGUUAGAGAGUUAUCAACAUUGAACUUAUUAUUGUGUGAAAUGAAGACUUUAUUCAGCAUUAUUAGGUUGGCUUGGCUAUGUGAUAUAAGUGAAGAUUCUCCGAGUUUCUUUGAAUUAUUGAGUUCAGUCAGCAUCUUGACAUUUUAUUGCGAGUAAUAUGUACUUUUAUCUGACAGUAAUACCAGCAUUUGUAAAGAGUAUUGGUUGGAAAUAAA